CCAAUUCAUUCGCCAUUAUUUAUUUAAGCACCACACCAGAUUGCAAUAUAUUUCGUCUUCUCUCAAAAAAGCAGGAGGUCAAAAUCUAAUCUCAAACUGACUCGCACCCCAGUGAAAGCUUUAUAAAAGAUGUUACAUUCUAGUUGUUCAAAGUUCCUCAGCAUCCUUUCUUUUCUCUCUCUCUCUCUCUCUAUUGCUAGCGUGCGCAAGGGGCACCUAAAAAGCCGUUAAAAAAGGGGCGCAUUACAGCCACCCAACCCACCUUACUCGGAGAGGUUUAAUUUGUGUUUUUACCCUGUAGCUGCUGGUGAACCUAUCACAGACUUAAAUCUCAUUUCCAUUCAAAUUCAACCAACCAAACCUCUCCGUCUCUCUAAACUUUCUUUUUUCUGAUCUGGGAGGUGUAAAUUUUUUUGGUUGAUUUUUGUUAUAGAUGGCUGCUCCACCUGCGAGGGCUAGAGCUGACUACGAUUAUCUCAUUAAGCUUCUAUUGAUUGGCGAUAGCGGUGUGGGUAAGAGUUGCCUUCUUUUGCGAUUCUCAGAUGGUUCAUUCACCACCAGUUUUAUCACCACCAUUGGUAUUGAUUUUAAGAUAAGAACCAUUGAGCUAGAUGGAAAACGGAUCAAGCUCCAAAUUUGGGAUACAGCUGGUCAGGAGCGGUUCCGAACAAUUACAACUGCUUACUACCGUGGAGCUAUGGGAAUUCUGCUGGUCUAUGAUGUGACAGAUGAAUCAUCUUUCAAUAACAUUAGGAACUGGAUUCGCAACAUCGAACAACAUGCUUCAGAUAAUGUUAACAAGAUUUUGGUAGGGAACAAGGCAGACAUGGAUGAGAGCAAAAGGGCAGUGCCUACCUCUAAGGGCCAAGCACUUGCUGAUGAGUAUGGUAUCAAAUUUUUUGAAACUAGUGCAAAGACAAAUCUAAAUGUUGAGGAAGUUUUCUUUUCAAUAGCAAGGGAUAUAAAACAGAGGCUUGCCAAUACUGAUUCGAAGGCAGAGCCUGCGACAAUCAAGAUUAAUCAACAAGUGGCUGCCGGGGCUGGUGAAGCUCCCCAAAAAUCGGCCUGCUGUGGUUCUUAAGAAGCUCAAUUUGUUUCUGAGCGGAGGCAAGUAAUGUUGUGACACAUGGAGAAGGAAAAUGGUGAAGGGAAAGCAACAGAACUAAUGUGAUUGACAAUAUGAUGGGUGCGCUUGUACUUUGCUUCUUGACAUUCUUUCAAACCUUUCUUUAGCGUGUGAAAUGUAGUUUCUGAUUAUCUAGAAUUUCGUUUGAUGGCAACAGUUCUUUGUAUCUUCUGACUGACAAUUUUUGUUUUCCGCCCACUUAACCGUGUCAUGAUGUAUGUUUAUACUGCUAGUCUCUGUAAUUUUAGAAGAAAAAAAUUUCUGGUUUUCCUUGUCA